AUUCAACGUGUUCGUGCGCUAGGGACCUACAUAAUCCUGUACUGCCAUUUGUUGUCAUGAAGGGGUGUUUCAGUUUUACACCGAAAAAACCAUUGGAGAAAAGUUCAAAGAAAGUGUUGAGUAAAAAUCUUUUAAGACACGAGGAUCCAAUAAUUCUUGCCUCUCAAACAGCUUUUAGUGUAAGCGAAGUUGAAGCACUGUAUGAGUUAUACAAGAACAUAAGCAGUCUAGUAAUUGAUGAUGGGCUAAUAAACAAGGAAAAAUUCCAUCUAGCUUUAUUCGAGAAUAAGAAGAAAGAUAAUAUAUUUGCAAACCGGAUUUUUGAUCUUUUCGACGUGAAACAGAAGGGGACUAUAGAUUUUGGUGACUUUGUUAGGUCACUUAAUGUGUUCCACGAUAAAGCCCCAAGAGAAGACAAAAUUAGUUUUUCAUUCAAGCUUUAUGAUAUACACGGAACAGGAUUCAUUGAACGCCAAGAGGUUAAGCAAAUGUUAAUUGAAUUGCUAUGUGAGGCUGACUUGAACCUGGCUGAUGAAGUUAUCGAGAAAAUGCUAGAUGAUACAUUUUUAGAAGUUGAUAAAGACGGGGAUGGAAGAAUAAACCAAUCAGAUUGGCACAGUUUUGUAAACCGAAAUCCUGCAUUGUUGAAGAUUAUGACUCUUCCAUAUCUAAAGGAGAUCACUACAAGUUUUCCAAGUUUCAUAUUCCAUUCUGAAGUUGAAAAUGUCUAGUAGUUGGUCGUAUAGCAUUACACAUAGAGACCACUUGUAAUUGACCA